AUGGCGGAAGAGGGACAAGUUAUCGGUGUUCACACCGUGGAGGCUUGGAAGGAACAGCUCAAGAAGGGAGAUGAGUCAAAGAAACUGAUUGUGGUUGAUUUUACUGCUUCUUGGUGUGGUCCAUGCCGUUUCAUUGCUCCAAUUUUGGCAGAGAUUGCUAAAAAGCUUCCACAUAUCACUUUCCUUAAGGUUGAUGUGGAUGAAUUGAAGGUUGUUUCUGAGGAGUGGGGUAUUGAAGCUAUGCCAACAUUCCUCUUCUUGAAAGAAGGAAAAGUUGUGGACAAAGUUGUGGGUGCUAAGAAGGAGGAGUUGCAAUUGAAAAUUUCCAAGCAUGGUGCUGAUCCUUCUACUGCUACUGCUUCUGCUUGA